GGUCGUGGGGUCGGUUGUCUACGGAAGCCCGCGCUUGAGUCGCGUUGCACUGCGUUGCUGCCCAGCAUCCUAGCAGUUGCACCGAUACACGGGGCCUGGGACGUGACACCCGCCGGUUGAGCGGGACUGGGAAUCGGCCCAUUGGGCGAAGCGGCCCGGCGAGACUGAUCAAAAGGAAUGGAUUUCACGGAGGCUUACUCAGAUACCUGCUCUGCAGUUGGACUUGCUGCCAGAGAAGGAAAUGUGAAAAUCUUAAGGAAACUGCUCAAAAAAGGUCGAAGUGUGGAUGUUGCUGAUAACAGGGGAUGGAUGCCAAUUCAUGAAGCAGCUUAUCACAACUCUGUGGAGUGUUUACAGAUGUUAAUUCAUACAGAAUCAUCUGAAAACUACAUUAAGACAAAGACUUUUGAGGGCUUCUGUGCUUUACAUCUUGCUGUGAGUCAAGGACAUUGGGAAAUCACACAGAUUCUUUUGGAAGCUGGAGCCGAUCCUAAUGCAACCACUUUAGAAGAAACCACUCCACUGUUUUUAGCUGUUGAAAGUGGACGAAUAGAUGUCAUGAAGCUGUUGCUUCAACAUGGAGCGAAUGUCAGUGGAUCCCAUUCUAUGUGUGGAUGGAAUUCCUUGCACCAGGCUUCUUUCCAGGGAAAUGCUGAGACUAUAAAACUACUUCUUAAAAAAGGAGCAGACAGAGAAUGCCAGGAUGACUUUGGAAUCACACCUUUAUUUGUGGGUGCUCAGUAUGGGAAGCUGGAGAGCUUGAGCAUACUUAUUUCAUCUGGUGCAAACGUCAAUUGCCAAGCCUUGGACAAAGCUACUCCCUUGUUUAUUGCUGCACAAGAGGGCCAUACAAAAUGUGUGGAACUCCUGCUGUCCAGCGGAGCGGAUCCUGACCUUUACUGUAAUGAAGACAAUUGGCAAUUACCUAUUCAUGCCGCUGCACAAAUGGGCCAUACAAAGAUCUUGGACUUGUUAAUACCACUGACGAACCGGGCUUGUGACACUGGACCAGACAAAGUGAGCCCUGUGUACUCUGCAGUGUUCGGAGGGCGGCAAGAGUGCCUGGAAAUACUGCUACAAAAUGGCUACAGCCCAGAUGCACAGACAUGUUUGAUCUUCGGAUUCAGUUCUCCUUUGUGCAUGGCUUUCCAAAAGGACUGUGAGUUCUUUGGAAUUGUGAAUAUUCUUUUGAAAUACGGAGCCCAGUUAAAUGAAUUGCACUUGGCCUACUGCCUCAAGUAUGAGAAGUUUUCAAUGUUUUGCUACUUUUUGAAGAAAGGUUGCCUGUCGGCUCCUUGGAAUCACACAUCUGAAUUUGUAAGUUAUGCAGUUAAAGCACAAACACAUUAUAAAGCAUGGUUGCCACAUCUCCUGCUUGCUGGAUUUGACCCAUUGAUUCUGCUGAGCAACAGCUCUUGGGUUGACUCAGUCAGUGAUGACAUCCUUAUUUUUACUUUGGAAUUUUCUAAUUGGAAGAGACUUCCAUCAGCUGUUGAAAAGAUGCUCUCUGCCCGUGCAAACUCCUUUUGGGCUCUUCAGCAACAUAUGGCUUCUGUUCCAAGCCUAACCCAUCUUUGUCGUUUGGAAAUCCGGGCCCGUCUAAAAGCAGAGCACCUUCAUUCUGACACUUUGAUCUGUCACUUGCCACUUCCCAGAAGUCUGCAGAGCUAUUUACUCUAUGAAGAUGUUUUGAGGAUGAAUGGUGUCCCAGAACCAGCAGCUCUUCAUGGAGAAAUCAGUGGGGCCACCUGACACAGCUCUU